UUAUUGAUGCGGUGGUUUGAAUCACGUUUGAAUUGAAGUGCUAAGCUGUGCAUAUAGUUUUAUUGGUCCUAGAUUAGCCCCAGCAAAAAUAACUAAUCUAUGGACCUUUACAUUUUGUAGAAAUAUAGUGAAAUAGGUGUGAUAGUGUGCAAAAUAAGUAAUCAUGGUUUUGGCUGAAAGAAGUAAUGAUGUUCGAAACGGGAAGCGUUCGAGAGGGCCAAGCCCGAAUGGUCACGGCAGCCCUGAUUCUAGUUCUGAAGACGAAAACGUAGUGCCAUUUGCAGCUGAAAAAAUAAGAGUGGGGCGUGAUUACCAGGCAGUGUGUCCUGAGUUGGAACCCUUGGAGCAAAGAAAACCUGAUCAAAUAUCAGACAGAGCUUUACUUGUUUGGUCACCAACUUCUGAUAUAUCAGAUAUUAAAUUGGAUGAGUACAUUACUAUAGCAAAAGAAAAAUAUGGUUAUAAUGGUGAACAGGCACUUGGUAUGUUGUUCUGGCAUAAACAUGAUCUCAAUCGAGCUUCAAUGGACCUUGCUAAUUUUACACCCUUUCCUGAUGAAUGGACAGUGGAGGACAAAGUGCUGUUUGAACAAGCUUUUCAGUUUCAUGGUAAAAGUUUUCACAGAAUAAGACAAAUGUUGCCUGACAAGUCAAUUGCAUCACUAGUAAAAUAUUAUUAUUCAUGGAAAAAGACAAGAGCUCGUACAUCUUUGAUGGAUGUUGUGAGUGAAGGUCGUAAUCCUACAGGCUCUGGAAGUGGGAAGAGAGAAUCUGGGGCAGGUUCAGAACCAGGUGGUUCAGAUAAAGAUUCUGAUAAUGAUGAAAAGGGCGAGGGCGGCGGCGAAGCGGGCAAGUGGUGCACCGUCUGCGGCAUUCUGUGCUCGCAGACCACGCCGCACAACUCGCACAAGUUGUGCCAGGCAUGCCUCGUGCACGCCAGACGCACCGGCACGAUGAGACCGCUGUGCGGGCCCUCGGGGCGUCGCGGGCCCGGCUCGAAACAGCAGCGGUACAAGCACCGCCUGCCGCGAGGCAUUUACAUCAAUCACGACGAUCUCGUGGCCAUGGCCACCGGCCCGCAGCCCGGCGAGCCCGCGCAGCCCGGCCUUGUCAAUCAGGGGGAGGCUAUGCUCAAAGCCAUGGACAGAGAGAUUAUCUCGCUCAAGAGACAAGUUCAACAAAAUAAACAACAGUUAAGUGCUAUGAAACGCAAAGUAGGAGAUGCAGGCGUAGAGGAGUUGCGACCCGGCGAACCGCCCGCAAAGAUUAAUUCGCGCUGGACUAAUGACGAAUUACUGAUGGCAGUCACGGCUGUCAGAAAAUAUGGUAAAGAUUUCCAAGCUAUUGCUGAAACACUGGGCACUAAGACAGAAGCACACAUCCGCACGUUCUUUAUUUCCUAUCGCCGUCGAUAUAAUCUAGACGCAGUCCUGCGAGAGCACGAAGCUGACCGCGGGAGCGCUAAUCACAUACAAGCUGCAGGUACAACAAGCACAGAAUCUACUGACAAUGAUGUGGAUAACAGUAAUGCCAACAAUGGCACCGGUUCUCCACAAACAAAUACAAAGGAUGAGAAAACCGAAGUGGACAGCGAGGGCGUCGCCAUCGGCGCGUCUGCGGAGCAAGGCGGUCCGCCCACCACGCCGCCCAAGCACAAGCCGAGCAAGUGAUGCCGCCCGCCGCGACCCCGUCCGCAGCGCCGCGCACACACGUAGCCUCAUCUCUCGACACUAUCAUCACAGCGUACAGAAACACUACAGUGGGCCAUCGUCUUCGAAGUCACGCGAAAUGCGGCAGGGUUGUCACAGGGUUGUAGUUUUUUUUGCGCUGUGCAAUCAUCAUCUAUAACGGUCAUUUGACCGUGGAACUAAUUCUAUUUAUACAUUCAGUAUAAAAAAUGUGCUUUAAGGUAAAUCAAACGUUUAUCGACAUAAAAUAUUCGAAAAUAAUUCGUUUAUGCUUUCUGAAAAAUGUUGAAUAUUGUUUAAACACGAUUAAUGUUUUAUCACAUCAUUAUCAAAAAUAACUUAAUAUGGCUAGUGUGUUGAAGGCUAAAUUUAUAUAUAAUUCAAUCGAAAUCAAAUAUUUGAUACACCCUUAAAGUCAUAAGAUCAUCUGUGUCAGAAAAGAAAAUGUCCAUUAGCUUGUACAUUUUAUUUUCUGUUUAAUAUAUUAUAUGAAAAUAAUGUAUGUAGGGCAGUGCUAAAUUAUAUGUCUAGUAAUUUAAUGAUCUUGAUCUUCAAUAUAUAUAUACAUAUAUUAACGUAUUUACUCGAAUAUAAGGAGUUUCCAGGCAUACUGAUCAUAUUGAGUUGUUUAUAACAAAUAAUGGAAUAAUUUGCAUUACAUAAUCGUUGUUUGCAAUGUUAAUUGAGCUAUUAUCAAAGCACCAUUUUGGGAAGUAUGUGUCUCAUACAUUUUACAAUGAAUGAGUUAAUAGAUGCAGAAACUCGUAACUUCGUGUAAGAGUUAAAUUCUAAAUGUAUACAUACAUCAGCACUAUGUCUUGACUUUUUAAACAAUGAAUAUAUGUUACGUAAUGUAAAUAAUAAUAAUUAAAAUAGUUAUUCACUAAAUUUAUUAUAAAUUUUGUGUGUAAUUGUUUUAUGUCAGAAGUAACAAUGAAUAUAUCUUUAAAAUAAUUCUUAUUUAUUUGACGAAAUUAAUUUUGAAGAGUCGACAUAUGUAAAGCUGAAAGUGAGGUUAGUUUCGAUAACUAUAUGAUUUAUAGUACAUUCAAUUUUGUCCACUAGAUAAUUCAUUAUAAGACAAACCAAUUUACAUAUUGGAUACAAAGCAUUUAGUUUUAAAUGUUUUAAUUGAACAAUGGAUAUUGUUUAUAAUAGUGGCAUUGAUUUAAUGAGAUUUAGAACAGAUUAUUUUAAAAUUAUAAUUUUGUAAAUGUACAAAUUAUGAGAAAAUUUAAGAGAGAGUAGCACAUGACUAAUAUAAUGUCUCAAAUAUUUUAAAAAUUAGGAUUAUUUCAAAGAAUAUCAAAUCAGGUUUGCUAUGGAAGUCGUGAAAUUAGUGGAGAUGGUAUACGCUUUAGGAAUGGAAUAAAUACUUGUACAUAUAGAUUACUUUUAAUAAUUAAAGCCAUUAUAUAUGAUAGUUGAAUGGUUAAUGGUUAAGGAGUUUACCGUUAAGCAAUACUUUACUUUACUAGAAUGUAAUGGAUAAGUUGAUAAUUAUUAACUAUUUAAAUCGAUAUUACGAGAUUUCUUACAAUACUUCAAUGUAUAUUUUUAUGUUAAAUGACCAUAAACCAGCAAUAAAUUAGAAUAAAUAAAAUCAUUUAUAUGGAAUUUCACUAUAAUUGUGCAUAUAUAAUUUUAUAUUAUACAUACACAAUUAUAUCAUGAUAAUAAUCCUUAGAAUGAAAAAUUUAAUAACUGGUUCAAUAGAAAUGUACAGAUUGUACCACUGUAUUGUAUAUAGAAAUGUGUAUAAUGAAUGAAUUGUAUAAUAUAGACAUAGGCCUUCAUUAUAGUACAUAAUAAUGCUUUUAUUGUAGAAAAUAUCAAUAGGUAUUUCUAUGGAGAAAACUGAGCGAAUGUAAUCUUGUAAUCUUAAUCAGAGAUCUCCAAAAAUUUGCCUCGUGCUUUGUUUUAUAUAAAACAAAGUCAGUUAAAACAGUUUGUGACUGUAGCAGGGUUGCAAUAAAGGCGAUUUUGAAUUAUAAAAAUCAAUUAUGAUUUCACGCUUAGUGCUAGAAUAAGUAUUAAGUUACCUUUCUACAAAAAGAAAAUUUGUAUAGUGUAUAGUUGACAAAAAAAUGAAAUGUCAACAAAACUAGUUGAAAUAUUUUGUAUGGUGGCUUGAAUGAUUACAAAUGGUUGCUAACACAUUCAUUGUCAACUAUUUCUACGAAAAAGCAUCAAUACUGAUGCUGGAGAAAGAAGAAAUACAAAUAACAAAUUAUAAUAGUAUUUCUAAUAUCCUUUACAAAUUGUGUUUGUUGAUGUUUAUGAACAUAGUAUUAAUUUUAAUACUUGCAGUUAUUGCGUAGGUUUGAAAACUUCUACUACGAAGUCUAACAUAGAUGCUAAUUAUAUUAGUGUGAUUUUUAUACAUUCUAAAGUUGAUUAGUUUAAUACAUAAAGAUUCAUAAAAUAAGGUACAUUUUGAUCCGUAACCCACUUGCCUUAAUCACACACCUCACAUAUACUCGCAUGCUUAAAGUAAUUUAUACUAUAUUUAAGUAAUAUUAAAUAUCAAUUUUCUAAAAUUUUAAAAUAUUGUCUGUAAUGUUUUUAAGAGGUAGCUAGAAUUUUUCAUGUCGUAUAUCAUUUUAAAUAAGUCCAAUCGUUCUCAGAUUUUUUAGUUAAGCUAAAAUGAUAGACAUUUCGUAUAGUAAGAUUUUAUUCGACAAAACACAAUUUAAUUAAAUUUAGAAUUGUUUUUUUUAAAAUAACAAACCGAUACCGAAAUUUGUAAUAUACUUAAUAAAGCUUAUGAAUAAUUUGAAAUAAUGUAAUAAAAGCGUUGCCAUAUAAAUAAAUAGUUAUACUUGAUUUAGAUGGCAUAUACUUGUCAAUGAUUUCGCAUUUAACUUAUAAAAACAUGACAGCUUCUUAAAAAAAAACCGCUCAUUACUCCAUAAAUGAAUUUUGUCCUUAUAUAAUAGAUUAAUUUAAUUCUUAGGUACUGAAAAUAUAGAUGAUAAAUAUUGAAUAUUGAUGAUAUUUUUGUACACCUAAAAGACAUGUCAUUUCAUACAAAACUUACGAUAACGACGACUUGAGAUUUAAAUUUUAGCUUAGAUUUUAAGUUCCUUUUAAUGAUCACAUUAUUGGAUUAUAAUACGUUUACGUUAAAAGCAUAAUCUUUACUAGUUUUAAUAUUCUUACAUCACUGAUAAGAUGAUUGGUUUUACAGAGCCGAGAAUGUGGUUACCAUAAAUAGAAUUUGUAUUCAUUCUGAUUUAUAUUACUUUUGUAUAUAAGUACUUUGAGUAUGAAAAUCAAUUUCGUAUUUUUCAAACGCUCUAAAUUAAUUUUGGUAUCGAUAAAUAAACUGGUAUUUCUUUAUGUACAUUCAUAAUAUUCCGCCUAACAUUGCGUUAAGCAAUAUUUUUAAUUCUUAUUUGUAUAUUAUUUACGUGUAAGUUUUUACGUCUUAUUGUAAUAUGUCGGGGACAUAUCGAGCGAAUUCUUGAGAAAGUUGUAUUAAUCUGAUAAUAAAAAAAUAGGUAAAUUUGACUUGGUGGUGUAAUUUAAAUAAUUCUCUUGAUUUUUCAUUUCAGUAACAAUAAUAACGCCUGCUAUAAUAUU